GCUUUUGUUUUCAUAUCAAAUUCAUAUUUAGUUACGCAUUGUUAGAUCAUUUUUUUUUAAAUAUUAUCUAAAUUUUCUGCAAAAUGGCCAGUGAAAAUGUAGAAGAUUGGGACCAGCCUUUACCAAUGCCAAUGGACUCUCCAGAUAGUGGUGACGAAGGGCUGUCAUAUGAAGAUCGGGUUUAUAAAGCAAACAUGGGUAAAUUACAAAAAUACGUGGAGAAAAUGUGUUAUGCUCCUGUCAAACCCCCGAAAGCAAAUCUGAUUAUAGAGAAUUUGUCCAAGCCCAAGAAAAUUCAAAUUGUUUGUACUGCUGAGAAUUAUAGCCAAACUGCAGAGCCUCCAGAAAGAGGCCAGCGUUAUAAACGCUUAGCAAGCAAAUAUAAGACCAUGACUACAGAUGAAUUGCAACAAAUUAUAAGAGCAAAUAAUUUGAAGGCAUCUCAAAAGGAGAACAUGCAGAAACGUAAACAUGAAAUCUACUAUGAUAUGCUAAAUAAAUUGGAACAGCGAAGUCGUUCGCAAUAUUUGAAAUUCUUGGCCAACAAAUUUAUAAAUUUUGUGGCAAAACUAGCUACAACAAUGAAUAUACCUUCCACAUUGGUCGAUCCCUAUGCACGCAUGCAACGCGGACUUUUUUGUGACAUCUUAUUGGCUAUCGGUGUUCAGCCUAGUAGUCAAGCAGCUGUGUACUACAAUUCAAAAGAGGCAAGUGAAUACGAGGUGUGUCACAGACUCUCCCAUGCCAUACUCAGUUUGGUCAUAAAAGCUUUGGACUCAGCCGCAACAAGAAAUGUGGAUAACCUGCAACCCAUACAAGCGGACUUCGACAUGGACAGUUAUAUUAAAGAUCGCCUAAUGAGCGCCGCUGACAGGAAAGUAUAAAAGGCAAUUUCAAUGGGAUAUUCGUUCUAUUAGUCGAAAAACAAAUUUACUUAAAUACUCAACAUUUUGAACUUGUCGUUAGACGCAAUAAAUUAAAAUACAUUUUGAAACCAAAAA